UUAAUUUAUAUAUAAGGAAAAUAUGGCUAUUCUCUCUUAACCUUCUUACGAUCCCCGUAACCCUAAAACCCCAAAAAGCCAAGAUGAUGACCCGCCUGAUGAAGGUGGAUCCCCAAUAAAUAUCGAGGAAGCAAUCCUAAUGGAUAUCCCUAUAUCCUCUGUAGCAAUUGAUUCUUAUCCUGCUGAUGCAGGAAAUCUCGAUGAAGCAAUGGCACAAGCAGGAACGAGAAGCAAACCCUUACAAAACCUUCCUCAUGAAUAAUACCAUUGUCGACCGCUGUUAUGAUGAAGAUAUUCUCGAUGAUGAGGACAUCGAGAUCCAGGAGGGUGAAGUUGUUCGCAGCAUAAUUGAUGGUUUGAUUUUGAUCGAUUUCUCUGAUCGAAUCAAUUCUCUGGCAGCAAAGUCCCUGGACCAGACGGUGGUUCUCAAACUCCUAGGGCGACGCAUCGGCUACAACACCCUGAAAUCCAAGAUCUGUGAACUAUGGAAACCAAAAUUAGCAAUCAAACUUAUGGACGAUCUUUGGCCACUACUUGACUGUCGAACCAUGGACGGAAGAGUUUUCGCCAUCAAAUCCGUAUCCGAGGAAGAUCAUGGCUUGGAUUCGUUUACCUGGUCUACGGAAACCCUUUACAAGCGCAGCAUUAUUACUGAGAUUGGGGAAUGCAUCGGUAGAGUUAUUCGCUUGGGUUACCAAACUGAGAGCGGUAGAGUUAUUGCUCGUUUGACGAUCAAUAUCGAUCUAAAUAAGCCUUUAAUUUCAAAGCUCGUUGUCAAUGGGAGAAUCCAGAUAGUAGAAUAUGAAGCUCUGCCAGCAAUCUGCUUCAGUUGUGGAAAAUAUGGCCAUUUACAAGAUUCUUGCCCUAGUGCUUCAUCUACCCAAAAGCAUGAGGAAACCGUGGCCCCGCAAGCCGAUAAUUCGGCCAAGAAAGAUGACUCGAUGUUUGGCUCCUGUAUGAUCUUUGAAAAAUGACAACGUCGACCAUCAAAGAAAACUCAGACUCUACCAAAGAUCAACACCAACAUCGAAAUUUCGGAAUCUGGCUUUAAUCCGAUUUUUGAACCAAUAGAUGACCAUCAAAAUCCGGAUACUACUGGAAUAACCCCGAAUCGAAGUUCUCCUCGGCUGACCAAGGAACGUGUAAUUCCUAAGAAUGCCCCCAAGCAAAAGGGCAAAUCCAUCGUGGUUCAAAAGCAGCAAAAAAUGUCCCAUACAAGAAGGCCUCUCACUAUCUCUCUCGGAUAUUCCUAUAUCUCUCAAGAAUUCUAACAAGGCUAGCCGCUCUCGGAAACACCCAACUACUACUCUUGACUCUUCUCACCUUACUGCCAAUGUUAUAGAUGAGAAUGCAAACCCAAAUGUCCACAACCUUGAGAUGGACAAGGCCCCUGGCUUAUAUUCUCAAUCCAUGACUCAAUCCAAUGACCCCUCAGAAGCUACUGGAAUCACGUAUGGAGCAAAAUUUGAUACAUGCUUUGGUGAAUCAACAAAACAGUAGUGACAUAAUCAUUUGUAAUGGACAAGUCUCAAAUAAGGGAGACAUGCAACGACUUACUCUUUGUUUCUUCGGAGUUCUUUAUUCAUCUUUUAUAAUUUUUUUUAUGAAUUUUAAAGCUCUUUAUUGGAAUGUGCAGGGCUGCGGCCAUCCGAAAUUCACCUCCACCGCGAAGCAAUAUCUUCGAGACUCUUGUCCUGAUUUAGUUGUUUUUGUUGAGCUACGCGUCAGUGGCAGGCAGAUUAUGUUAUCAGUUCUUUGGGCUUUUCAUACUCCCACUGCAUAAAGGCUGAUGGCUUUUCAGGUGGGAUUUGGCUAGCGUGGUAUGAUUUUAUCCAUAUUGACGUUCUUUUCAACCAUUUUCAGUUCAUCCACCUCCGUAUUACCAUUAAAAGCACCAACAAGUCUUUCAUGGCCACCGCUGUUUAUGCUAGCCCCAACGGCACUAAAAGGAUUGCUCUCUGGACUCACCACUGUUUAAGAGCUAUCGCCCGAAUCCGAAGCAAUGCUUGGAUGAUCGAUAUCAAAUGGAUCCCAUGAGAGGCAAACCGGCCUGCUUAUGCCCUCGCCAAGCUCCCCCAACGACCAUUUGGAUGUUUUAACAACUCUGGAAGACCCCCUACUGGUCUGCAACAGCUCCUGUGUAGUGAUCAUAUGGAUCCUGCUUUGCAAGCCCCACUUAUUUAGGCUUCUACUCUUGUCAUAUUCAAAAAAAAAAGGGGGGGGGGUUGGGGUAAAUGCCCACAUUUUAAAUCAGGUCAAGUUUAG